CACAUGCAUUGAUCUGGUCCAGUCAGUCUCUCGUCCUGCCUCUGCUGCCUGCAGUAGUUUCCAAAUCCCCCAGUACGAACGAGUACAGAAGAGAGACGAGAGAGAAAGAACGAGAGAAGCAGGAAGAAGCAGGAGGAAGAAGAAGAAGAAGAAGAAGAAGAAGAAGAAGAGAAGAGUAGACAGAAAAGACAGAAGACAUCAUGUCGUCCGUUCCUGUCGACCCGGAGAAGGAGGUGCGGCCCAACAACGAGACGGUCACGGCCGACGAGCUCAGAGAAAAUGAUCAUGAUCUCAAUGAGAAGGAGGAUGUCCUCCACUCUGAAGUCCUGGGCAACCAGGACCUCAUGAACGAGGCCGUCAACGGUGAGGACCGCCAGCACGAGCAAACCCUCUGGGGAGCCGUCCAGGACCAUCCCAUGGCCUGCGUGUGGGCUUUCAUCUUCUGCUUUACAAUUGUCAUGGAGUCGUUCGACAUGUUCCUGAACGGUAACUUCGUCGCCCUUCCCGCCUUUCAAAAUAGAUACGGUGUCACGAGCGGCGACGCAAAGGUCAUCCCCACCAAGUGGCAGAGUGCCCUCUUCCAGGCCGGCCAGUGUGGUGCUUUUGUCGGCGUCUUCCUCGCCGGCCCCAUCACCAACCGUAUCGGCUACCGCUGGACCACCAUCGUGGGCCUCAUCCUCAUGAACGCCACCAUUUUCAUUUCUUUCUUUGCCGAUUCGCUCCCCGCACUCGUCAUCGGACAGGCGUUUGAGGGUGUCCCCUGGGGUUUCUUCAUUGCCAACUCUCCCGCCUACGCCAGCGAAGUGGUCCCUCUCGCCCUCCGAGGCGCUUGCACGGCCACACUGCAGAUGAGUUGGUCCAUUGGCGGUAUCAUUGUCGCCGCUGCCACCUACGGCUACAACCAGCGGAACGACGAGUGGGCCUGGCGAGUCCCCUUGGCCCUGCAGUGGAUCUUCCCUACCCCGCUCUUGAUCCUCAUCUUCCUCGCUCCCGAGUCCCCUUGGUGGCUGAUGCGCCGCGGGCGCAAGCAGGAGGCCCUCCGCUCCGUCGAGCGCCUCGGCCGCAAGUCCAGACAGAACCCCCAUGAGCAACUUGCCAUGAUCGAGCGGACCAUCGAGAUCGAGGCCCAGAUGGGUGGCACCCCAACCCUUCUCGAUCUUUUCAAGGGCACCGACCUGAGGCGGACCACCAUCACCUGCUUGAUGUAUGCCUCGCAGAACUUUGCCGGCAACCUGAUUGCCAACCAGGCCACCUUCUUCUUUGAGCAGGCUGGCAUUUCGAGCGACUUUGCUUUCAAGCUGAACCUGAUCAACUCGUGCCUCCAAUUCGUGGCCAACGCGGGCUCCUGGUUCCUCUCGGGCUGGUUCGGCCGCCGCACCAUCUACCUCUGGGGCACGGCCACCAACAUCACCUUCCUCUUCAUCCUGGGUAUCUGCGCCUCGGUGCCGCAGACCCACGCGACCAACUACGCCCAGGCCGUGCUCGGAAUCAUCAUCUCCUUCGUCUUCGCCGGCACCCUGGGCCCCAUCAGCUACUCCAUCAUCGCCGAGACCUCGUCCGUCCGCCUGCGCGCCCUGAGCACCGGUGUCGGCCGCGCGGCCUACUACGUCGCCGAGAUCCCCAUGAUCUUCCUCGCCUCCCAGAUGCUCAACUCCACCGGCUGGAACCUGGCCGGCAAGUGCGGCUAUGUCUGGGGCAGCACCGCCGUCGUCUGCUGGGUCAUGGCCUACUUCUUCCUGCCCGAGCUCAAGCACCGCUCCUACCGUGAGCUGGACAUCCUGUUCAACCGCAGAGUCCCCGCCAGGAAGUUCAAGAGCACCGUCAUCGACGUCAAGGACAACGAGUAAAAGAAGAGGCGGUCGGCGGCGUGCGGUAUGUAUGCAUGGAUACAUGUAUGCAUUCGUUCGUAGUCGGGCAGGGCAAUGAAGUUUCUAUAUAUACUAGAGCAAAAGAAAAAGUCCCUGUACCCUUUUCUUGUACCUCGAUCAUGGACGUCUGGAGGAGAGCUUUCUUUUCUUCUUUCAAUUAUAUCCUCCUAGGACUUGCCCAGGCUGGAAAUACAGAUUUUAUGACAUUCAAUCCGGAGACUGUUCACUCGACUACUGAUGACAUGACUUAAUCACCUUGUGAAAGCAUCUAAUUCUUCUCUCCUCGGAUUGUUAUCUAGUCUAUUCUUCCAAUGCUCGCAAAAGACCUGUCCCCCCUGCCCUCCACCUCCGCCCCAGUUUGGUUUAUAGACCCACGGUGAGACGAGAAAUACUGGUUCUAAUGCGAGCACCGACGCGAGAAUACAUCUUCUCGCCUUUCUUUACCGAGGCCAAGUCCGACGCCACCGGGGGAUACGGCUUAUGCAGCCGAAGCUCAACUGGCCACCGCUGGCUGGCUGCCAAUCGUGUCAGCAGUCAGGUUGGUUUUAUGGAUUUCUCGACCAAGUUCGAUCUGAACCACAUCCGAAAAGCAUGCCCUUCGUCGACAACGUGUAUCUUGCUUAGGACGUUCAGGAUUGUGUGGACUUUAGCAAGGAUGCUGGGGGAGUGGUCGGUGAAAGAAGAUCUAGCAGCCGGCUGUGCGAGAAGCAAUGAGAGCGGGGCAAUGUAUCCAGUUAUGCAGUUGUGGAAGAAGGGUAGGCCAGUCAUACAAAAAGGAAGGACUGAGUAAAUACUCCCUUCACUCGAGCCCUGCAACCAGCUCUCUCUUAGCUACAGCACCAGACAGCUUCAGCCGGCCUACUACUACUACCAUAGUACUGGGUUAGCGCCCUUGCCCCGGCCAGACAGUGCUCUAGAGUAGUACUGAAACAUCAUGUUGCCGAGGAAGCUAG